GGCGGGUAUUGAAAUGCUACCCCGCGCCUUCCGCGUCUGGAUAGCUUCAAUGCAAUGAUUUCCGCCAAAGACGCGCAGGGCGUUUAAUCGAGAUUAGACCGAGUCUCAUCUAAACCUAGACUGGCCUUCUCCUCCGCUUCAUCCUCGACCAAGCUGAGGAAGUUUAUUGGCGAAGAAAAUAACGGUACGACGUUGAACAUAAUCUGCCAACAUUAAGCCGAGAAAAAAAGGGGUCGACUUUUUGUUGCUUUGCUUUUCUACUUCUUUUGCGCUUAUUGGCAUAGUAACACAUGAUGGAGCACGAUCCCAAGACCCCGGGGUACUCGACCGGCGACAAAACCUCCUUCGCCUACACCUCAGCUCGGGAACGAUGGCCUGUCAUCAUCACACAGGCCAUUGAUGAUGCCUACCGAUCCGUAGCCCAGUGCGACGACCCGGACAAGUCAGGCGAGGGCAAGACAAUUGUCAACGAGCUCGCCCAGCUCAAGUACCAGGUCCAGCACGACCGCCAACUGACACCUAUCCCUGACGAUGGCCGCCCUGACGUCGCCCUCUACAACAAGGAGCUGGAGCAGCUCGGCAAUCCGACAUGGCUAAACAUGAACUGGCUGUACUGCGAAUGCUACCUAUAUCGCCGCAUGCACACCAGCUUCUCCCUCUCACAGCAUUGGAAGGGCUAUGAUGUUUUUGCCCGUCAAAAAAUCAAGACUUUCCGGUCCUCCCGCCCGGCAGUCCUGGAGCUCGCUGCUCGUUAUCAAGACCUGGUUAAGCAGCUAGACGAGCAAAAGGCCAAGGGCGCGGUCGAACCUGCGGCCGAGGAAUUGCUGUUCCGCGAGAUGUGCGAGAUCUGCCUGUGGGGCAAUGCCACGGACCUGUCUCUCCUGACGACCCUUUCCUACGACGACAUUCAGAAGCUGCAGGGCUCCGAGGCCCGCCGUGCUGCCGAGGCCAACAUCCUCGUCAACGAUCUGGGACAAGCGCUUGAGGCCUUGCGCAAGGCCAAGGCCAGCAAGCCUGACCAGGAACGCCGCGUCGAUAUCGUGCUAGACAAUGCCGGGUUUGAGCUGUACGUCGACCUCGUCCUGGCCGGCUACUUGCUGUCGUCGAACCUGGCAACCUGCGUCGUUCUCCACCCCAAGGAGAUGCCCUGGUUCGUGUCCGACGUCAUACCUGCCGACUUUGGCGCCCUCCUGAAUGUGCUCGCCGACCCGCGCGGCUUCUAUGAGACGCAGUCGGAGGACGAGUCGCUGCAGGGCAAGGUUCCCGCGACGCUUUCAGAGACGGAGAUUGAGCAUCUCAAGUUCUUAUUCCAGAACUGGACAGAUCUCUACGCCGAGGGCAAGAUUAUCCUCCGUCCAAAUGCAUUUUGGACCCAUGCCGGCAGCUACUGGAGGCUUCCAGCAGUCGCUCCGGAGCUGUACGAAGAGCUGAAGACCAGCGAACUGGUUAUCUUCAAGGGUGAUCUCAACUACAGGAAGCUCACCGGUGAUGCCACAUGGGACCCCACUACGUCAUUUACCGAAGCUAUCGGUCCGCUCGGUCCUGGCUCGGGCGUCAACGUCCUUGCUCUGCGCACGUGCAAAGCUGACGUCGUUGUUGGACUAAAGCCCGGUGAGGAUGAGAAGCUCCGCGAACAGGACGGCUCUAGCGACACUUCAGCCAGGAAAUGGGCCUGGAGUGGCAAGUACGCCGUCGUGUCCUUCUCGCAUGGAGGCUGAGCGGGCAUAUGUCGCGGACUGGGUUGCCCAUCUAUAGAAGCUUAAGUUUGAGCAUAUUGACGAUAAAGAAACCAUAGAUCGAUGAUAGUGAUGUUUUAAUAUGCAAAGAUAAAAGUGGACAUCUGUAUGUAUAUCUAGGAUGUGUUGAGUCGCAGUCCUAGUCUUGUGCCCAACGAUACAUACCCCUGAGACUGAGAUACAGUAUAGACUUGUACUUUUGGUAAAUGGAAAACGGA